AGUAGUAGUAUUAUAGAGGUGAAAACAUCUAGCUUGGCAUAUUACAGCAAACCACCUCUCCAAGUACCAUUAAUGAAGAACCCUUCUGUCUCCACAAUCUUGUGGUUUCAUCAAUAAAAUAUAGUGAGCUACAAAUCCACACAUAAAAUGGAAAUCACUUACACCUCCCCAAAAUCAGCUUUUUAUAAUAAUAACCAUAAUUCUUUGAACAUGUAUAAUAACAAUAAUAAUAUACAUUCACACAACAAUGGUAAAAAAAUAUAUAGCACUGUCAGUGUCAAUAACCAUCCUUUAUCAAGACCUUCACUUCAAAUUCAGCUGGCACUGCAACAACGUCCCAAACGAAGAGAACCCAAAUACCAUCUUCAAAAACUUCAACAACUAAUCAAACCAUCAAAGCAUAGUAGUUGGAGGGAGACCACCACCACCACCACAAGCACCAUAUCGGACGUUUUGCGCUUGAUGGAUGCCCUUGGCCUUCCCACACCGAUAGAUAUAUACGCUUCUCUCAUCAAAGAGUGUUGUGAUACUCGGGACAUUGCCAGUGCCGUUGAGCUUCAUGCCCACAUCGACAGCAGUGGCAUCCGUCCCGGUUUGCCAUUGCUUAACCGCCUGUUGCUGAUGUAUGUAUCGUGUGGUCUAAUUGAGAAUGCCCACCAAUUGUUCGAUAAAAUGCCCAUGAAGGACUCUAACUCGUGGGCGACCGUGAUUGCUGGUUAUGCGGAGAAUGAUGACUAUGAGGAAGCUAUAAAUUUGUUUGUAGAAAUGCAAAACCGCCGACGAUACCAUAACAAUGAUGACAUGAUUGAAUUCCCAAUUUCUUGGAUUAUUGUAUGCAUUCUCAAGGCAUGUUUCCACACGAUGAAUUUAGAACUUGGGAAGCAAAUCCAUGGUUGGCUACUUAAGGUUGGCAAUUCGACAAAUAUGUUUCUAAGUAGCUCCUUAAUCAAUUUAUAUGGUAAAUGUGGAUGCGUAGAAGGUGCUGACUUCGUCUUUGAUCAUAUGCAUCGUCGCAACACAGUGAUUUGGACAGCAAAAAUUGUUAACAACUGUAGAGAAGGGCGUUUUGAUGAAGUGCUUGAUGAUUUUAAGGAGAUGGGAAAAUUGAGAAUAAAGAAGAAUAGCUUUACAUUUUCUAGUGUUCUCAGGGCAUGUUGCAGGAUGGAGGAUGAUGGACUGUGUGGCCAGCAAGUCCAUGCCAGUGCAAUAAAGCUGGGACUUGAAUCAGACGAUUAUGUGCAGUGCGGGGUGGUUGACAUGUAUGGAAAAUGCGGGUUAGUUGAAGAUGCAAGAAAGGCAUUUGAGAUGAAUGAAGAAAAGAGAAAUGCUGCCUGUUGGAAUGCAAUGCUUACCAGUUACAUACACCAUGGUUUUUGUAUUGAGGCCAUUAAGUUUCUAUAUCAAAUGAAGGCGGCUGGCAUUCAACCCCAGGAAUCGUUGCUUAACGAAGUAAGGUUUGCUUGUGGGAGUAAAUCUCCUGAGAAUGUGACUGAUGGAAUGUGUCCAUGGUACUAGUAUUGCCUCUCGGUUUUGGAAUGCAGACGAUUUGCCAUGUUUUGCUGCCCACUGUCACUUGUCCAUAAUUCUUGUACAUCUAAUGGCAUUAGGAUAACAUCUUUCCAUAUCAAUGCCUCAGUGGGCUAUAGGCUAUAGCUAGGUUAAGUAUUUGUCAUUGUCUGUAGAACCCUGCUUUUGUCCUCCGAAAUAAUCUUCUCGAUUCAGACAUGUUACAGAUUCACACUAUCUUUUGAUCCCCAGUUGGGACUCAUGUUCUCUGGAAGGAUUGUUGUAUUUUUUGUAACGUCUGUGUUAUGUAUAUAUAUAUAUAUAUAUGUAAUUGUGUGUGUGUGUGGUGUGAAUUUAAAGGCAAAAGAAAAAGAAAAAAAAAUUCAAAAAAAUGGGUGGGACCCAAAGCACUUCAAUGGUCAUGAAACCACUCUUGAUUUCAUUCUCUCUCUCUCUCUCUCGUUCCAGAGGCCUCCUUCUCUUUUUCUUUUUCUUUUUUUUAUUUCAAACUUCCACUCUUGAUUUCUCCCUCAUUACUUAGCCUUUUUAAGUGCCGAUUGCGGCCAAACGAAGAGCACGGCGAGCUCUACACAUGUUUACCAGCAAUUUCAGAUUUGAGCAACCUAGGGAUUCCGAAAAUCUUGACCCAUUUUGAGGGUUUGAGGUGGAAUUUGGGAGUUUUGCAUAUAAUUGAGGAAACGGGAAAGAAGUGGCGGAUGACAUUUUACCACAGACUUAUGGUAAGAAUUUCAAUUCAAAUGCAUCGAGAGGGUUCUUGCCCGAGGUUGUUGCUGACUACAAGUCUACAUGUGAUAUUUAUGCUGUUGCUGCUGAAGUCAGAGAAAUGCACUUGAUUUUUGAUGAGAGGGCUGCAAUUCAGAUCCUGCCACAACUUGCUGAUUUUCCAGAGAUGCUAAGGAAUGCUGAUUAAGCAAACACCGCAUGAAGAGGGCAUAUCGGAGAUCUCCAAGAAUAGCUUUAGAUUUUUGGUCCACUUCUGUCAAAUAGCACUGUCGUGGUAUUACUUACCAAUAUAUAUAGAUAUAUAUGCGGUGGGUGUGCUACUUAGAAAAAUAUAUAUGUGGGUGUGUUGCUGUGGUCAGUGUAAGUGUAAAGUAAGUCUAGUUUUUCCACUGUGGUUCAGGAGUCGAGUUCUUCAUCAUUCAAACUGUGUAGAGGUCUAGAAGGUAGAGUUAUGUACAUAUGGUUUUGGAGUUCUGUGAAAUGUUCUGGCUCGUACUCCAUCUGUAUUUGUUUUGCUCAAUUAGGUACUUUUGAAUGAAACUAAAAAAAUCUCA